AUACUGUCCUCCAUUUGUGUUUGGGUGGUGCUGAGAAGUUGUCGAUGUUGUCUCGUUUUAUAACUAUUUUGUGUGGAUGUUUUUGCCACUAGACUGUGACAUGGAUUAUAUGUUUUAUGUUAUAUUUCCUUAAAGUGACGUGUAGGAUUGAGGUAGCUGCCUGAUGAUGAGGCGAGAGCGAAACACCACUGUGAAGACACGGAAGGAUGGGAGGAAAGAUGUGGACAAAGCAUCCACGGUCUCUGUAAAUUCACGCAACUCCAUUGAGCGGCAACGCUCACUCAUCUCACGUUUCUCACUCAGAAGACUUUUCACGCCUCGAAGAUACCGGAUCAAGUCCAAAUCCACUGCAGAGACAGAAUACUUUCCGGACAGUGUCAUACCUCCACUGGACAAUGAUGGCCAGUCGUUGCCGUCAACACCACGCGGCGAGCUUAUUGAGAGGAAAAAGUCGCUGACGGAGCGAGAGUGCCCAUUAUGUCUCUCAGAGCAGCCCAUUGAAAACUUUCCAGACAUCAUCACGUGUCACCACCGGUCAUGCCGUGAAUGCCUGCGGCAGUACUUGAAAAUUGAGAUCACGGAGAGUCGUGUGAACAUAGCUUGUCCUGAGUGCUCAGAGAAAUUCCACCCCAAUGACAUUAAGAUGGUGCUACAGGACGAGGCGCUAAUGCAGAAGUAUGAGGAUUUCAUGGUUCGCCGAGUGCUUGUGUCUGACCCAGAUUCCAGGUGGUGCCCAGCACCGGACUGUGGGUAUGUAGUUAUAGCAUCAGGUUGUGCGGGCUGCCCCAAGAUAAAAUGUGAGCGCCCAGGCUGUGAUACUUACUUCUGUUACCACUGUAAACAACAUUGGCAUCCGAACCAGACAUGCGAUGCGGCACGGGCAAAGCGCUCCCCCAACAUCAGAUCAGCCUCGUUGAGCUAUGAGGGUGGACAGUCAAAUGACAUCAAGCCCUGCCCUAGAUGUGGAGCUUUCAUCAUCAAAAUGAAUGAUGGCUCAUGUAAUCACAUGACUUGUGCUGUGUGCGGGGCAGAGUUCUGCUGGCUGUGCAUGAAAGAGAUUUCAGAUCUCCACUAUCUCAGUCCAUCAGGGUGUACAUUUUGGGGGAAAAAACCUUGGAGUAGAAAGAAAAAGAUUUUGUGGCAGUUGGGAACUCUUGUAGGAGCUCCUAUAGGGAUCAGUUUGGUGGCUGGUAUAGCUGUACCUGCGCUAAUCAUAGGAAUACCUGUCUGGGUGUUCAGAAAGAUUAACAACCGUUAUGAACAUUCAUCCAAGCACAAGCGUAACAUCGCCAUCACAGGAGGGGUCUCUGCCUCUAUCAUCGUCUCCCCCAUCAUUGCUGGGCUCGCUGUUGGUAUCGGUGUACCAGUGUUGCUGGCCUACGUGUAUGGGGUGGUGCCCAUUUCUCUGUGCCGCAGUGGGGGCUGUGGGGUCACCACCACUGAGGCAGGUGGGGUCAGGUUUGAGUUUGACGAGAAUCAGGAAGGAAAUGGAGCAAACGGUGCUUAUGGUGGUGACAACCAGAGUGUUGAGACAGCCCAGAAUGUGGCUAACCCCAGCAUUGCACCCAGCAUUGGCGAGGCCUCUGUGGGGAUGACCAACAGCUUGAGCGCCAGCGGAAGUCACCUGGAUCGUGUUGGUAUUUUGAGAGAUGAGAGCGACCACGAGUCUGCCAGCAACCGGGCCAUCGCUGGCUCAAGUCUCAACGGCAGUAUAUGUGAUAGUACCUUAGGGGCUACCAGUGCUUUAUACCACAACAAGAUGGAGGUGCAGGCUGAUGUGUCCACUAAUCCUCAAAUGUCAAAGCGAGCCAGUCUCAGUAGCGAGUCGGCUAACUUCAGUAUCGGGGAGAAGUCGAUGACUGUCUCAUUCAGCGACGACGCCAGUACCCGAGCUCUUGCUGGCUCUAUUGCUGGAAACAGAGACAAGGACAGCCUGUCACUUAUCUCCCCUUCAUUUGAAGUCCAGGUGGAUAUUGUGACAGGUUCCCGUGGCCGCAAUAACAGCGGGAGCAGUUACGCUGCAGUGGCUGACAAAGCCCACCAGAAGGUGCUGUGUGACCAGAGUUCGCCUACUUCUACGCGUAGCGUGAACUUUGCCGUGGAUGAUGUGAGGACGCCCCAUGAUCGCUGCAGGAAGUGCAAGCGCUUCAGCGUUAGCGUGGGGGAGCGCAUCAAUGAGCACACAGACAAGGGUCAAUCUGACAGCAUCAGCAUGCAGAGCUUUCCCGGCUCCUGUCUCAAGAAGCGCCACCCCUUUGACAAUGUCAGUCUGCCGUCGUCGUAUGAUGGCGCUGCGACAACGGACAGCAGUCACAAGGCCACGCCACGCACCAGCCCUUCGUGUGACAGCAUGGACUGUGCUGAUGGAGCGGUGGCGACACCCUCAAGCCUGACGCAGGUCGAGAGUGACCGACCCAUCAUCGGGUCAUCGGUGAACGCACGCGGCUUCACAAAUGACACACUGACGAUUGACGAGAGCGUGGAGAUGGGUUUGGGAAGACACACCGAGGAGGACGACGGAGGCUGUAGACCUUCACCGUUACGCCGACGCAGCUGCGAACUGGCCAUGCAGCAAGGUCGCCUGUCACCACACAUGUUGGAACAGAAGGUCAGUCCUAACGCCAUCCAUGUACUGACACUCCACCCCUUUCUGUCCCCUUCCCCAGCCCCUAUUCCUACUCUCCUCUGCACACAUUGCCUUGUGAUUAUAUUUUUGGAACGUUGUAAAUUUUUCUAAAAGCAAGACGUAUUUUUACCCAUUUCUUACAUAUCAUAUAAAAUGUGUGUGUUUGAUAUAUAAGCCUAUUUCCAGUUCGCCCAUAUACAUAUAUGUGUGUGUAUAUGUGUAUCCAAGGCACAGACUGCAUUCAUUGGACCCUUCAAUCAAUGUUAAUGUAUGUGUAGUACUGUCAGGGAAUUGGUUUUUGAACGGGGCAACACGUGAUUUUUGUGAACGGGUAAAUUCUGAUGUAGAGCUAUAGUUGUCACAGCUGCAGUGCCACAAGGGCAGCACAACCCCCAGGGCGACACUACCCAUGACAGGCACCACUCAGACCUCUGCACACCAUCUAAGGGCCACACAGUCUCAGUAAGGACUUUGUAUCAUACUAAAACGUUCAUAGAUGGUUUUGUUCCAACUAUGAACCCAUGGCUAGUCUGUUAGCUGAAGCAGGGCUGAUGGAACCCCAGAGAAUCAUUGAAAGUCAUGGAAGUUUAAAAUUAACAUUUCCAGG